UUCCUCGCCGUACCGAGCCCCGGGUGCCACCGAACUCCGCUCGGUACCGGUGCCAGAGACCCCCGGGCUCCGGUGACUCCCGGCCAAGGCCAUGGACCCCAAGGAGCGCAAGAAGAUCCAGUUCUCCGUGCCGGCCCCCCCCAGCAACCUGGACCCCCGCGCCGUGGAGAUGAUCCGCCGGCGGAGGCCCACGCCGGCCAUGCUCUUCCAGCUGUCCGAACACUCCUCCCCUGAGGACGAGAACCUGCCGUACCAGCGCUCGUCGGGCGAGGGCUGCCUGCUCAAACCAAAGAGGACCAACCCGUGUGCCUACACCCCGCCCUCGCUCAAAGCGGUGCAGCGCAUCGUGCAGUCCCACCUGGAGAGUGGCAUGGGCGGGGGUGACAGCUCCGACGGGGAGCCCGAUGACGGCUGCGACCCCGACAGUGCCCUCGAGUCUGCCCCGGGGAGCCAGGGCAGAGCCGAGCGCAGCUACUUCCCCGCCGGGCUCAAGGCGCACAAGAGGAAAGGCGGGCAGAAGGUGUCCUUCGCCGGCGGCAUCGACGAGCGCGAGGAGGACCUGAAAUCGCUGACGGUGUCAGAGAUCCCCGAGGACCCCGAGGGAGCGGAGGGUGACGAGGAGGAGCCAGGGCAGGAGCAGGACGGUGGCACCGGGGAGCGGCGACACGUCGGCUUCGCCGAGGUGCCCUCGCGUCCCAUCGGCACCGAGCGCCACUCGCCCACCUUCCCGCUGGGCACCAGUUAG